GCGGUCGUGACGUAAGCACCAGUACGCGGUCAGCUGCCCACCAGCGCGCAGGCAAUCGAGACCUGUUUGUGAGUAGGCCAACAUUUACACUGUGAUGAUACCGACUCCUCGACUGCAAAGCUACUAAACAACAAAAUCUUGGGGCACUUUCUCCGAUGGAAAAAUAUAGCGGGUUUCGGGACGCUGGUACUGGCGUUCAGCCGUUUUUACCACUGGUCCCCCCAGCUUCGAAUAUCCUCACCAAAAUUCUCACCCCGAUUGGAUACUGCGUCGGGGCUGUCCGUCUCGUCUUGCUGCUGGCAAUCCUGUUGGUGCGCCUCGCAGGGAGCGUUAUUCUCAUCAUCUUUUCUGCUAUUCCUCCACUCCACCGAAUCCUCAAUCACACCUUGACUGCGUUCACUGCCCGGCUGGCGUUGUUCAUUCUCGGCCUCUUCUGGAUCACAGUCGACAACGUCACUCGCAAACGCGGCCGUUCCGCAAAAGAUGUCGAGAGCUGGAGCCCACGUGGAGGAGAUCUUAUUGUAUCAAACUGGGUUUCCUGGGUCGAAGUCCUAUGGCUUGCCUUCCGGUUCGAUCCCAUAUUUGUCUUGCCGGUCUCGCAGACGGACCCAUUAUCCACUGGGACUGUACGGGGCUCAGAUCCCGUAACCCACACGCCUGGCCGUCGGACAGGCACUGGCUCAGCCAACAUAUCAGCGCCACAGCGUGCUGCCACUCAACGCAUUUCUAUCCUGGGCUUCCGCCAAGUCUCAUUGCUGUCGAUGAUUUCCGCGACCGGUCACGCUCCAUCUUCGACCGGACCGUACGAGAGUCUAGAUGAGAUUCGGGGUCGAUCUGCCCGCCCUGUCGUUGUGUUCCCCGAAUGCACCACUAGCAACGGCCGUGGUCUCCUCCGAUUCGCACAGGUUUUUCGGAAAGAGAUCCCGGUGAAAGGGUACAGCGUUUUCGUCAUGUGUGUCAGAUACGAUCCUCCCACCCAGCACGCGGCGACACUCGCUCACACCAUUCCCGGUGCCGGCAAUCCACUUGGACACCUCUUUUCUACCGCAGCUUCUCUCGCACCGCAAAGCGUUUCUGUUCGACUCCUCGCUCCAUCAGAAUCUCCUGGCUCGCAGCUGUUCCUUGCCAGCGAAGUUCUGGGCAACUACAGCGAGGGAGAUCAGCUCUCCGAAGCAUGUGCCGUCCUCAUCGCCCAGAUGGGCAAGAUGAAACGAACGGGCCUGGGCUGGGAGGACAAGGUUCGAUUCCUCGACCUGUUCCGCGCGAAAGAGAGGAGGCAGUGAUGUUCAUUCAGCGAAGGUAUGCAUGAGUUUCCAGAGUGAUAUGCAGUGAUUGAGCAAUUUAUCGAUAAGCGAAUGUCAGUAUGAAUUCGAGGAAUGACACCCCGGCUGCUGCAGGUUUCGGUCGUAAAAUUCACGGAUGUAUGCUUUGUAAUUGGGUUGCAGGACCUGAUCGUGACUGCCCGUCCCAUUUUCCCCGCCCUGGUGAUGUCCCCGAGGCGUGUGGGAAUACAAUGCGUCCCCG